GAUGUUGCAUCCUGAGUAAAGGAGUCAGCUGAGUCUAGGCAGUGUAAAAGAACAAGAAGAGAGCAAUCCUGCGGUAGAGAGAGCGACACACAUAGGAAUUCAUAGAUCACCCGAAGAUCCGCUUGCGUUCUUAGGAUACAACUGUGUUUAAACGCUUAUGUAAUCAACUCGUAAGGAAUUUGAUUUUAAACUCGUAUAUUCUGAAAAAACCUGCAUCUUUUUACUGGAUUUAUUGGGGGGUCGCCUUGCUUAACUAACUCGACUGUGGCAUAAGAAGAGGGGAAAAAGUCCCAGGGAGUAAAAGGGAGAGAAAGUGGCGAAUGGACUCUAGUACACUUAAUAUUUUUCUACUUCCACUGGUCUGUUUGUGAUAAAGGCCCAGUUGAACACAGAACAGCUAACAGAAGGUGUUCAUAAAACCAAAGCUGAUCUUAAUAGUGAUUCACAAUCAGAUGGCUUUAUCUGGCUGUCCAGAUGCAUUUCUGCAUCCCUACUAUCAGGAUAGCGUGGAUACAACUGCCACUUGUUCUGAGAGGGGCUUGGUGGAAGCGGGAUUCAUAUCUAAACGUAUAUCCUUGAAUUCAGCCUCCCUAGAUGAUGAUGUCGACCUAGAAUCUCUAGUAAAUGACAUGAACUCCUCAUUAGAAAACAUAUACUCCACAUACAGCAGUGUGCCUGAAUCGGUACCACUCAUUAAAAAUGGUCAGCUUAACAGAAGCCACCUGUCAGACUCAGGAACCAACACUCUUUCGUCCAUGCUUCAGAGGCAGAAAGUGCAGCGCUCACAACCAGUGCACAUUCAAGCAGUCAGGCGUCUACAAGAGGAACAGCUACGUACCUCAUCUUUACCGGCAAUCCCAAACCCGUUUCCAGAACUUUGUACCCCAGCAAGCUCACCAUUUCUUGCAUCAGGAUCCUUGCCUCAAAACGAACCUUCCGCCAAGAAGAGUGUUGUAAAAGUAUUCAGUGAAGAUGGAACACGCAAAGUCGUGGAGAUUCAUGCGGACAUGACAGCCAGAGAUUUCUGCCAGCUUCUUGUUUAUAAAAGCCAUUGUGUGGAUGACAACAGCUGGACACUAGUGGAGCACCACCCCAAUAUAGGAUUAGAGAGGUGUUUAGAAGAUCACGAAAUAGUUGUACACGUCCAGACCAUGAUGUCAAGUGAAAGCAAAUUUUUGUUCAGAAAGAAUUAUGCAAAAUAUGAAUUUUUUAAGAAUCCUGUGAGUUUCUUUCCAGAACAGAUGGUGACCUGGUGUCAACAAUCAAAUGGCAGCAUUCCUCAAUCUCAUUUAUUGCAGAAUUUUUUGAAUGCCAGCAGCUGUCCUGAAAUUCAAGGCUUUUUACACGUGAAGGACCUUGGAAAGAAAUCUUGGAAAAAACUAUUUGUAUGUUUGAGGAGAUCAGGACUGUAUUGCUCUACAAAAGGAACAUCAAAGGAACCCAGACAUCUGCAAGGAAUAUGUGAUUUAGAAGAUUGUAAUAUUUAUUUACUGAUAUCCUGUAAGAAGCUGUAUAAUCCACCAACAGACUUUGGGUUCUGUGUAAAGCCCAACAGAGUAAGGACUGAGGUAAAGGAACUUCGUUUUUUGUGUGCAGAGGAUGAACAAAGUAGAACAUGUUGGAUGACUGCAUUCAGACUUCUGAAGUAUGGUAUGCUGCUUUAUCAGAAUUACAGAAUUCCCCAGCAGAAGAAAAACUUCUAUACAAACUUCAGUGCAGUGAGAAGUGUGUCAGAAAAUUCCUUAGUUGCAAUGGAUUUCUCUGGACAGACUGGAAGAGUCAUUGAGAACCCCAUGGAAGCACAAAGUGCUGCAAUAGAAGAAGGGCAUGCCUGGAGGAAGCGUAGCUCGCGAAUUAAUGUCUUAGGGAGUCAAAGCCCUCUUCAUUCUUCCACUCUGAGCACAGUAAUUCAUAGAACACAACACUGGUUCCAUGGCAGAAUCUCUAGAGAGGAGUCACAAACUAUAAUUAAACAACAAGGGCUCGUGGAUGGGCUUUUCAUUCUUCGUGAUAGCCAGAGCAAUCCAAAGGCUUUUGUGCUUACACUGUGCCACCACCAGAAAAUCAAGCAUUUCCAGAUAUUACCGUGUGAAGAUGACGGGCAAGUGUUCUUUAGCCUGGAUGAUGGGAAUACCAAAUUCACAGAUUUAAUUCAGCUUGUUGAGUUUUAUCAGUUAAACAAGGGAGUUCUGCCUUGCAAACUCAAACACCACUGCAUCAGAGUGGCCUUAUAACCUCCGAUAAAGACUGGAUCAUGCGGACAUAUUGUUUUUAUGGAUGUGUUAGGUGAAAGGGGAAACCCAUACUGUUAACUGUGCACCUUGAAACUUUCAGUUACUCAUAUGGUGCCAGUUAACAAAAAUUGGCUGUAAUCCCUGCUAUGUAUUGCCAUAUGCAAAUGGAAUAGGAUUAGCAGUAAGACUUUAAUGCUAGACUGCUUAUCUAAAACAGGCCUUGAACUAGAAUCGUGAGGUAAUGUGGGGUAGGAAUGCAAGGUAGUUUAUCAAGGAUUGGAAUAAAGACUAUUGCCCUGGAGUAUUCUUGAGAUCUAA